UAAAGAUUUAUCGUCGUUGAAAAUGACGACGACGACGACGCCGAUCGCGACGAUGUUCUCGCUCGUUAUCUGGCUGCUGCUCGUCAGCGCGAUCGCCAUCGAGGAUCUCGUCUGCAUGAAAAAUCACACGUUCAUGGAGACGUCGGGCGACGCCGUGCUCUCCGUGUUCAUCGACACGGACUACGGGCCCGAGUGCAACAUCAGCUCGCCACGUAGCAUCCAGGAGGUCGCCACCGCCCUGUACGUGGCGCAGCAGCUCAAUCGGGCGGACUACGUGCCGGGCGUCACGCUCGGUCUGCGCAUCUACGACACGUGCAACGACCGUAUAGCCGUGUACAAGCAAGCCCUGGUCUCGGCCGUCGAGAUGGACUGCUCGGCCCACUACGAUCUCGGCCUGCUUGUGCCGGCUCGCUACGGCGAGGUGCUCGAGCCACUGCGCGCCCUCGAUCUGCUGCCCGUCAACACUUACGCCCCACCCAAUCUCACUCUGCCGAUGCUCGACGUUCUGGUCGAUUUUCUUGCGGGCCGUUACUCGCGGGUUGAUAUGCUGCUGGCCGACUCGAGGCCCGUGCUCGACGCUUUUUUGCGCAAGAGCCGGGAGGCCGGCAUAUGCGUGAAGAGCGACAAGGGGGGAGUGACAGAGGCCGAGACGCAGGUGGAUAAGAGCGGCAACGCGACGACGACGACGAAUGCGGAGCAGCAGCAGUUGGUCGUGGUGGCGCUGGGGGAUUACGAGGAUGUGACUACUUGGCUGGAGAAGGGCGGGUUCGGCGACGAGGACGACGACGACGACGAGGAAGACGACAAGAAGAUCUGGAUCGUCAUGACGCUCGAUAAUUCGCACGUCGAUGAUUACGUACCCGAGGGCUCGUACCUCAUCAAACCCGAGCACUUCGUGGUGGAUCUCGGUCCGGACGGCGAGCUCGACAACGGCGACUCAUCCUCCUCCGACGACGACAUACCCGCGAGCACGAUCGUGCGCUCGCCCCACGUGCUCAGCGUCGGCAAGGCCAUCCUCGAGAUAGCCAAGGGUCUGCGCGAGCUCCAGCAGACGAGCUGCCCUUACUCGUCGUCGUCUGGUACCUCCAACGAGGGUGGCGGCGGCGGUACCAGCUGCGUACUGCCCAGAUUCGAGCCGGAGCUGCGCAAGCCCAUGAGCAACAGCGAGGUCUACGAGACUCUGAAGGUGCCCGCCAAGUCGCACUCGACUAGAUACGUGGUGUCGCGCAAGAUCGACGGCUCUCUCAGCGAAACGACCGCCUACCAGAUCGACUCGACCAGCGCCCGUUACCGGGUCGUCGCCGAGAAGGAGCAGCCCCGACUCGCCCGGCUCUGCGUGCGCAACUACACCCGUCGCUGCCAGCAGUCCUGCGCCAAUUUCAAGCUCCUCGAAUUGGAAGCCGAUCAGCACGAUCAGCACGAAGAGGACGACGAGGAUAACCACCAUCGAGUCCUCAAGCCCCAAGUCUGGGUGCCCAUCCUGCUGACCAUCAGCUCGUGCGCCACCUUCGCCUGCUGCGCCAUCCUGGCCUUCGUCGUCUAUCGCUACUUCGUCGAGGACAUCCUCGACGGCAAUCCUCUGCUCACCUGUCUGCUGAUCGGCGCCACUCUUCUGAUGCUCCAGAGCGCCCUGCCGUUCUGCCUCGAGGACAGGGCCAUGGGCGCCGAGCAUCUCAACUCGCGCAAGAUCCUCGUCUCGGGCCUCGGCUUCGGCCUCGCCUUCUCCGUCAUGCUCACCCGGGCCCUCUUUCUCGCCUUCUCCAGCAAGGGCGUGUUCUCGACCCAGCACAUCAACGGUUAUCUGCAGUGCCUCAUGCUGCUGUUCAUGGCCGGCGUGGAGCUGGCCAUAGCCACGAUGUACUUCGCACUGAGCGACGCCGACUCGGCACGAGUCGCCAGGAGUCCCGUUUAUAUAGCGCUGCUCGGUUACGACAUAUUUCUGCUCUGCUCGCUGUUCGCCAGCUGCUUCUUCGUCUCUCACGUGCAGCGCAAUUAUCGCGAGGGCACUUGCUUCUUCGCCACCGGCAUCGGCCUGCUGGUCUGCUGGGCCGUCUGGAUCACCUGUUUCCUGCUCAUGGGCCAGGAUAAGCGCGACGCCAUCGUCUGCUCGGGCACCGUGGCCACGGCCUGUCUGAUCAUCUGCGGCGUGUUGGUGCCCAGGACGUACUUCAUGUGCUCGCACUACGUCCGGGACAAGUCGUACGUGCACGCAGCGGCGGCCUCGGCGAUGGCCGCCAGCAGAUUCGCGGGGCCGCUGCCGCCCGAUCAUCUGCUCAUGGACGAUCCGAGAUUCGUCAACGCGCCCCUGGCAGCGAGACAGGGAGCGUAUCUGGACGUGGGCAUUAACGGUCGUCAGCCGUUUUACGAGUACGUUAGCGCCACGGGCUCACCCUCAGCUCAGCAGCAGCAGGCAUUGGCAGCCGGCAGCAACUAUUAUUACGGCGGUGGCAACGAGCUGGUGACUCGUCCAACGACGUCAGCAGCAGCAGCAGCAGCACUAGGAGCUGCUGUACCAUCGCAUCUGAUGACUGGCACGACUACGACAACGGGAGCAGGACCGACGUCGGUCACGGGUAAAAAUCGGGGAGGUGGUGGUGGCAUGCUGAGCAGACUGUCGUUCCGGCGCGGUCGCAGCCCCGAGCCCCGACGCACGCCCGGUUACAGCAAUUACGGCUUCCGGCCGGAAAUGCGCGAGCUCGACGUCGCAACCGCAGCCAAUGUUGCGGCACAGCAGCCGCAGCCCUACGUCGUGCCAAGGCUCUAUGUAGAUGAGCCAGACGUCAGCCGUAUCCAGCCAGAGGCGCCGCAACAGCAACAAGCCGCAGCUCGAGCCGCAACAGCCGCGAGUACGAAGAAAGGCGGGCCGUUUUCGAAGGCCGGCUCGGUGCUGUCGGAGGCUCGCUACGCCCUUCCCCGCUCGCUGCUGCGGAAAAAAGUCAGCAAAAAUUCGGCGGCAGCGGGAGCAGGAGCGGCAGCCCUAGACCCGUCGUCUACGACUCGACGGCAGCCGAUCGAGCCCGAGGUGUUCGUCAAGGAGCAUCGCAGUAUCUUUAACGAGCCGUACCAGGCGAGGCGCACGCCGAGCCCGAGGCCUGGCUCGGCGCUGGCCCAGCUGAGGGACGACACGAUCGAGGAGGAGCACGAGUCGCAGAGCCCGAGAUCGGCCAGGGUCACGAGAUUCUGAUGAAGAUUUAAUUUUUUGUUAAUCGAUCGAUGCUACUGUUGUAUACGUAUAUUAAUUAUGUAGAUAGAUUUUAAGCGAAUUAUUGAAUUUACAAUCAUUUAUACACAUUUAAGCGUAUGACAAUUGUUCGAUGUAAUACGUAACUACAGAUAGGAAUCCCGUAACGCAGAGACGAGCUGUAUUUUUCAAACCAAAACUUUUUUCCAAUACUUUUUGUUGCAUGCGUCGAAACAACUUUGUUCUCCGUGCCCCGAAAAUUCCUUUUACAAUACGCAACUGUCGCGCGUCCAUGCGCGUGUUUGCGAUACGCUUUGACAAAUUUUCCCGAGUACCGAAGUACAUACCGAGUAAUUUCAUUUAUACAUUGCAUCGCUCCUAAAUAAUAAAGGUCGUCGGACGGUAAUAGUUUACGAUGUAACGCGCGGGGGGGACCGAGUGAUUUUCCAAAACAAUUUUACCAGGGAUACAAAAAGAGCGCCGGGCAAUCGUUUUUUUUUUCUUUUCUCUUGUCUUUUUUCGUUCGGUAUAUAUUUUUGAUAUGACGUGU